UUACUAGUAGUUAUCGGUAGUUGGUGGUAUUUAUUGGUAGUUACUAGUAGUUAGUGGUAGUUAUUAGUAGUUACUGGUAGUUACUAGUAGUUACUAGUAGUUACUAGUAGUUAUUAGUAGUUACUGGUAGUUAUUAGUAGUUCCUGGUAGUUACUAGUAGUUAUCGGUAGUUACUAGUAGUUACUGGUAGUUGGUGGUAUUUAUUGGUAGUUACUAGUAGUUAGUGGUAGUUAUUAGUAGUUACUGGUAGUUACUAGUAGUUACUAGUAGUUAUUAGUAGUUACUGGUAGUUAUUAGUAGUUACUGGUAGUUACUAGUAGUUAUCGGUAGUUACUAGUAGUUACUGGUAGUUGGUGGUAUUUAUUGGUAGUUACUAGUAGUUAGUGGUAGUUAUUAGAAGUUACUGGUAGUUACUAGUAGUUACUAGUAGUUACUAGUAGUUAUUAGUAGUUACUGGUAGUUAUUAGUAGUUCCUGGUAGUUACUAGUAGUUAUCGGUAGUUACUAGUAGUUACUGGUAGUUGCUGGUAUUUAUUGGUAGUUACUAGUAGUUAGUGGUAGUUAUCAGUAGUUACUGGUAGUUACUAGUAGUUACUAGUAGUUACUAGUAGUUAUUAGUAGUUACUGGUAGUUAUUAGUAGUUACUGGUAGUUACUAGUAGUUAUCGGUAGUUACUAGUAGUUACUGGUAGUUGGUGGUAUUUAUUGGUAGUUACUAGUAGUUAGUGGUAGUUAUUAGUAGUGACUGGUAGUUACUAGUAUUUACUAGUAGUUACUAGUAGUUAUUAGUAGUUACUGGUAGUUAUUAGUAGUUCCUGGUAGUUACUAGUAGUUAUCGGUAAUUACUAGUAGUUACUGGUAGUUGGUGGUAUUUAUUGGUAGUUACUAGUAGUUAGUGGUAGUUAUUAGUAGUUACUGGUAGUUACUAGUAGUUACUAGUAGUUACUAGUAGUUAUUAGUAGUUACUGGUAGUUAUUAGUAGUUCCUGGUAGUUACUAGUAGUUAUCGGUAGUUACUAGUAGUUACUGGUAGUUGGUGGUAUUUAUUGGUAGUUACUAGUAGUUAGUGGUAGUUAUUAGUAGUUACUGGUAGUUACUAGUAGUUACUAGUAGUUACUAGUAGUUAUUAGUAGUUACUGGUAGUUAUUAGUAGUUACUGGUAGUUACUAGUAGUUAUCGGUAGUUACUAGUAGUUACUGGUAGUUGGUGGUAUUUAUUGGUAGUUACUAGUAGUUACUGGUAGUUAUUAGUAGUUACUGGUAGUUACUGGUAUUUACUAGUAGUUACUGGUAGUUGCUAGUAGUUGCUGGUAGUUACUAGUAGUUACUAGUAGUUAACGGUAGUUAUUGGUAUUUAUUAGUAGUAGCUAGUAGUUGCUGGUAGUUACUAGUAGUUACUGGUAGUUAUUAGUAGUUCCCGGUAGUUACUAGUAGUUAUCGGUAGUUAUUAGUAGUUACUGGUAGUUGGUGGUAUUUAUUGGUAGUUAUUAGUAGUUACUGGUAGUUAUUAGUAGUUACUGGUAGUUAUUGGUAUUUACUAGUAGUUACUGGUAGUUGCUAGUAGUUGCUGGUAGUUACUAGUAGUUACUAGUAGUUAUCGGUAGUUAUUGGUAUUUACUAGUAGUUGCUAGUAGUUGCUGGUAGUUACUAGUAGUUACUGGUAGUUAUUAGUAGUUCCCGGUAGUUACUAGUAGUUACUGGUAGUUGGUGGUAUUUAUUGGUAAUUACUAGUAGUUACUGGUAGUUAGUGGUAGUUAUUAGUAGUUACUAGUCUACUGGUAGUUAGUAGUAGUUCCUAGUAGUUAUCGGUAGUUACUAGUAGUUACUAGUAGUUGCUAGUUGUUGUCGGUAUUUACUAGUAGUUACUGGUAGUUACUAGUAGUAGCUGGUAGUUACUAGUAGUUACUAGUAGUUAUCGGUAGUUAUUGGUAUUCACUAGUAGUUGCUAGUAGUUGCUGGUAGUUACUAGUAGUUACUUGUAGUUAUUAGUAGUUCCCGGUAGUUACUAGUAGUUAUCGGUAGUUACUAGUAGUUACUGGUAGUUACUAGUAGUUACUGGUAGUUGGUGGUAUUUACUGGUAAUUACUAGUAGUUACUGGUAGUUACUAGUAGUUGCUGGUAGUUACUAGUAGUUACUAGUAGUUAUCGGUAGUUAUUGGUAUUCACUAGUAGUUGCUAGUAGUUGCUGGUAGUUACUAGUAGUUACUGGUAGUUAUUAGUAGUUACUGGUAGUUACUAGUAGUUAUCGGUAGUUAAUAGUAGUUACUGGUAGUUACUAGUAGUUCCUAGUAGUUAUCGGUAGUUACUGGUAGUUACUAGUAGUUGCUAGUUGUUGUCGGUAUUUACUGGUAGUUGCUGGUAGUUACUAGUAGUUGCUGGUAGUUACUAGUAGUUACUAGUAGUUAUCGCUAGUUAUUGGUAUUUACUAGUAGUUGCUAGUAGUUGCUAGUAGUUACUAGUAGUUACUGGUAGUUAUUAGUAGUUAACGGUAAUUACUAGUAGUUACUGGUAGUUAGUGGUAGUUAUUAGUAGUUACUGGUAGUUACUAGUAGUUAUCGCUAGUUACUAGUAGUUACUGGUAUUUACUAGUAGUUACUAGUAGUUGAUGGUAGUAAUCAGGGACCGCGGAGCAAGGUGAAAAGUGGGAGGGCUGACAACUGAAAAUAAUUUUUUCUAAUAAACGACCAACAUACACUGUCAGUUCAGAUGUAGUGCAGGAAAAGACGGGAUUAGAAUUUUAGUAUAGAAAAUACUACACUGAAGUGAUGGCCGUUCACUGUUCAAGUAAUGUAAUUCUUCUUGCCAUCGAAUAUUUCAUUGAUUCGAAAGGAGAAAGACAAAGUAUAAAAAUUUUAUCAACUCAAAACAACUACUCACCCUCGUUUGGCUUGAAAAAGCUAGUAAUUUUCUUCAUUUCGUCUGAUAAAACUGAUAAAAAACUCUGCCGGAGCUGGAAGUACAAAACACGCUGCCGAACGAAGCGAAGAGGUGGCCAAGGCAUGGCGUUUGAUCAAGGGGCAAGUCGGCCCCAGGGCACAAUUACCGCGAAAAGCACAGGAAAGCCACAAAAUGCCUGGCGUUUGAAAUUAAAGAAAAUACAGAGAAUAUAGCGGAAUAUAGACGGAAAAAAACUUGUUUCAAGUCUUUUUUUAAUUUUAAUUAUUUUUCUUUUUAGCACAAAAAGUGGGGGCGGGGGCGCAAAAAAGUGGUGGGGCCGCGGCCCUACCAGCCCCUCCCCCUCCGCGGUCCCUGGUAAUUGGUAUUUACUAGUAGUUACUGGUAGUUGCUAGUAGUUGCUGGUAUUUAACAGUAGUUACUGGUAGUUGCUAGUAGUUGCUGGUAGUUACUAGUAUUUACUAGUAGUUGAUGGUAGUUACUAGUAGUUACUGGUAGUUAUUAGUAGUUCCCGGUAGUUACUAGUAGUUUUCGGUAGUUACUAGUAGUUACUGGUAGUUGGUGGUAUUUAUUGGUAAUUACUAGUAGUUCCCGGUAGUUACUAGUAGUUAACGGUAAUUACUAAUAGUUACUGGUAGUUAGUGGUAGUUAUUAGUAGUUGCUGGUAGUUACUAGUAGUAAUCGGUAGUUACUAGUAGUUACUGGUAGUUACUAGUAGUUCCUUAGUAGUUAUCGGUAGUUACUAGUAGUUACUGGUAGUUGGUGGUAUUUAUUGGUAGUUACUAGUAGUUAGUGGUAGUUAUUAGUAGUUACUGGUAGUUACUAGUAGUUGUCGGUAGUUAUUAGUAGUUCCUGGUAGUUACUAGUAGUUAUCGGUAGUUACUAGUAGUUACUGGUAGUUGGUGGUAUUUAUUGGUAGUUAUUAGUAGUUACUGGUAGUUACUAGUAGUUGUCGGUAGUUACUAGUAGUUGCUGGUAGUUACUAGUAGUUGCUGGUAGUUACUAGUAGUUGUCGGUAGUUACUAGUAGUUGGUGGUAGUUACUAGUAGUUUCCGGUAAUUGCUAGUAGUUACUAGUGGUUAAUGGUAGUUUUUGGUAUUUACUAGUAGUUACUGGUAGUCACUGGUAG